GGGGACAGCAUCCUCCCAGAUGAUCGCACCCAGGCCCGCGUCGCUGCCUGGGCCAUUGUGCCACCCGCAAACACAGCUCGGUGCCUCGGAACGUAGGUGCAGCCAGCCUCCCAGCACUGGCCGCGCCUCCCCACGGACCCGCCGCCCAGUCCCGCCACCAGCGAGGAAGAUGCACCGGGCAUCCGGCCCCAGCGAACCGCGCGCUCCAGCCCGCCGCUCGAAACCUCGACCUUGAAGAUGGUGAGUAGCCAGCCAAAGUACGAUCUAAUACGGGAGGUAGGCCGAGGUAGUUACGGUGUUGUGUAUGAAGCAGUCAUCAGAAAGACCUCUGCGAGAGUAGCCGUGAAGAAAAUUCGAUGCCACGCGCCUGAAAAUGUUGAACUAGCUCUUCGAGAGUUCUGGGCACUAAGCAGUAUCAAGAGCCAACACCCAAAUGUGAUUCACUUGGAAGAGUGCAUCCUACAGAAGGAUGGGAUGGUGCAAAAGAUGUCCCACGGCUCUAAUUCUUCCCUUUAUUUACAGCUUGUAGAGACUUCAUUAAAAGGAGAAAUUGCCUUUGAUCCCAGAAGCGCCUAUUAUUUGUGGUUUGUGAUGGAUUUUUGUGACGGAGGAGAUAUGAAUGAGUACCUGUUGUCCAGGAAACCCAAUCGAAAGACUAACACCAGCUUCAUGCUUCAGCUCAGCAGUGCUCUGGCCUUCUUGCACAAAAACCAGAUAAUCCACCGAGACCUGAAGCCUGAUAACAUCCUCAUUUCCCAGAGCAGGAUGGACACCAGUGACUUGGAACCCACACUCAAAGUGGCUGAUUUCGGCCUAAGUAAAGUUUGCUCAGCAUCUGGGCAGAACCCAGAAGAACCUGUCAGUGUAAACAAGUGUUUCCUUUCCACGGCAUGCGGGACGGACUUCUACAUGGCUCCCGAAGUGUGGGAAGGACACUACACCGCCAAAGCUGACAUUUUUGCUCUGGGAAUUAUCAUCUGGGCAAUGCUGGAGAGGAUCACCUUCAUAGACACGGAGACAAAGAAGGAGCUCUUGGGGAGUUACGUAAAGCAGGGGACUGAAAUUGUGCCUGUUGGGGAGGCACUUCUGGAAAACCCCAAAAUGGAACUUCUCAUCCCUGUGAAGAAAAAGUCUAUGAAUGGGCGAAUGAAACAACUGAUAAAGGAAAUGCUGGCCGCAAACCCUCAGGAUCGCCCUGAUGCUUUUGAACUAGAACUCAGAUUAGUCCAAAUUGCAUUUAAAGACAGCAGCUGGGAGACGUGACCUACUGCUUGCAAGCAUCUUAGACGGUGCUGCUUCAGAGUCGAUGGAAAUACAUCACAUGGCCGAAAAGAAGACGGAAGUUAGAUUCCACUUUCUAAGGGUUUAGGUUUUAUUGUGGGGUAGUUUUAUUUUCUCUCUCAUUUUUCUUAAUCCAUGCAGGCCAUUUUAUUGUAUGUUUUGAAUGUGUAUUACCAAUGUGGCUGUAAAAAAAUUUUAUUUAAUGAUCAUUGGUAAAAGGUUGGCAGAAAAAAAUUCUCUUAGGAGCCAAGCAGAGAAGAAAGUCCCAUUUUCUAGAAAUAUCUUUAAGUAUUUUAGACAUUCCUUGUCAGUAUUAGGCAUUUCCAUGGAAGAAGAGGUUUGCGUGCUGGUAAUGCAACCUUCGAAGCUUUGUAAAGGAAACAUAUAUGUAUAUAUUUAUGUAUAUGUCAGUAUGUGAAUGUGUGCAUUUUGCAUUCCACAUGAAGAAAAUGCCACGUCUGUUUAAAUUAUUUGAUACAGGUUUGGGUUUUUGAGAUUUGCUGAUGAAAUUGGUGAUAAAAACCACACAAACCAUCCCUCAUCUUCGUCCCUACUCCUUCUGCUACUGGAAACAUACUAAGGGUAUUUUUGUUGUUGUUUUUGUUGUUUUCCCAGUAUACAUCUCUUUUUUAAAGGCAUCAUUUUGGAGGGUCAGAAUGGCUGAUGAACGAUAACUGAAGCUAAGCAGGUGUAAGCCGCAGGGUGCGUUAGAGCUCUGCAGGGCCUGUAGCUCUUCCAAGUUGAAUCAGUCAUGGAGUCUCACGGCUCGUGCCUACCUUCAGGUGGCUGAGCAUUUGUUUGAGUAAUUAAACCACUGCACUGGGCCAUGCGGGCACUUGAGCAUCUGCUGUAACCCGAGGACGUGUUCUUCUGUUCUGAAAACAUUGCGUUACACAACUGUAAUACUUGAUUAUUAAUUUUGAGUUUUAAGACUUUUUCUAAAUCUCAGCAUAAAGUCGAAGAAACCAAAUGAGCUCACCCUGGAGUUGCUGGCCCUGGUGUGGCUUCCUGUUGGAUCACUGGAGUCUCUGUCACUUUGACAGUGAUGCUGUUUUCUCUUGUCUUGUGAUGCAGUAAUGGGACUGGUAAUCACUGUCACAAAUACUGGUCGCUCUCUUCCAAAGUGAGAGACGAUGCAAAUGGAUAAAAUUCUAUGCCCUCAACUGCUUUUCAAGUAGAAAAGUUGUCGUUUUCAUAUGGUCACCUGGCAUCUGUCAGAAAGCAAGAGACUCAACUCCUGAAGGGAAAGUCUAACUGCAUGGUUGCCUCCAGAUUGUUCUUGCUAAUCCAGGAACAUUAAGGAAAGGAUUCUUUCUUAAACCAGAACACCAGUCUUUAGGAUGAAUUAGAAGCUACCAUUAUAUCCAGGUGAGGCUUUAUAAGGCACUAGCUGCCCACCUCCGGUGCUGGGGUAGAACCUUGGGCCUUAGGUGUGAGGGAAGUAGCCUACCACUAACCCCACGGGGAUCUUUUUAAGCGUUAAGAUGCAAAAGGCAAUAGACUAUCAGGAUAUUGCCGUUAUCAGCAACUCUCCUUGUCCCCUCAGUGCUUGAACCGCCAUACCGUCACAUUAGGUCUGGCUGUGGUUCAGUGAAGAGCGCUUGCCUGGCAUGUACAAGGCUCUGGAUUCAAUCCCUGCCAUCACAAAAUCAACAGAUCCAUUAGUGUGUUCAGAAGGUGAUAAAAGAUAAACCUCACAAAAAAAAUGAAAUAUGUAAAACGCCUAGACUGAAUUAAUCUGGAAGUGUAAAAACGUGAACCGAAAGGCUUUAGUUAACAAAAAAAAUCUUAUCAAAUGAAAAAGUCACAUACACAUAAUAUCACUUGCAGACUUAGCUAAAAGAAUUCUUUCAGAAAUAAGAGGUAGAAAUGUCCUGGAUCUUCAUGGUAAUUGACCCUGUGGGUCACCAAGUUGACACAGAUCUGACCCGUGGAUUGAGUUACAAGAAAUUAGAAAAAGUCUCAUUAUAAUGGAUUACCAUUGACUUGGCCCUCAUCAGAUUGAUAUGUGAUGUGUGCCAACAGUUCUUGGCUCUACAAAUACCUGUGCACUUGAAGCUGUGGUGUCCUGAGCACAUAGCUUUUGAUCCUGCCUCCUUGAAAAUAAUGAGUAAUUAUCUUUUGUUUUCGUUGGUGCUGGGAUCAUACCCAGGGCCUUGCUUGUGCUACACAAAGGUGUUAGCACUGAGCUAAAUGUCUAGCCCCAGUUAUAAUUUAUUUUGAAAGAUUUUUAUCUGUGAAUUAGAAUUCUUUAUUAUCGGUAAGGGUGUGAGGUGAUCAAGAAAUUUCUUCCAGAACAUUAAGUCCUUGUCUUCUGAAAUAGCUUGUGAUAUCAACAAAAGGACAGGGAUUUGUCUUUGUUCGUUCAGUCAGGGGUAUUUAUUAAGUACCUACUGUGUGCUCAGCACUUAAGUUUAGUUGAUACGACAACCAUUUAAGAUUUGCAGUUGUAGGGGCUGGAGAGAGGAUUCUACCAUUAAGAGGACUUAAUGCUCUUGCACAGAACUGGAACUCAGUUCCCAGCACCCAUGUUGAGUGGCUCACAGCCACCUAACUCCAGCUCCCAGGGACCUAAUACCCUCUUGCUUCCAUGUGCACUUGCGCAUGCACACUCAUGCACAUACACACACACACAAUUUAAAGAAUAAAGACAAACCAUUUUUUAAAAAUGGCAUUUAGUCAUGCACUUUCUUCAGACGCAUAUAAGACAUAAAAGACGAGUGAUACUUGGGAAUUUUGGAUAAUUGCUAAAGGAAAAAAUGCAAUCAAGAAAUUGUGCACAGUGCCUUGCCCAUAAUAGGUACUCAAUAAACAGUUAUCCCUCAUAGUCUGUUGCCAUGGUUUCUAGUGUUUUAUGAAAUUUGUCUUAAUUGAAAAAAAAAAAGACCAAAUAUUUCCACUAAAGCUUAUAGGCAGCUGUGUCCAGUCACUGUAGGGUUGUACAGUUAGUUCCUAGGCUAUUAAUUUGCACCUGUUGUCACUUAGAAACAUGGGGUUCUGUAGAUUCUUGGUGCUAAGGGAUACUUUGUCAUUCUGAUGAAGUAAGUGUUAAGUGUCAGAAAAAUAGCACAGAAUAGUUCUUUCUGCAGGUCUGGGUUUUUGUUUUUAAUUGUAAAAUGUUACCAAUCAAACUAUUGUAGCAGCUACAAAAUAAUUCACCAGCAUGACAAAAUAGUCAAAAAAAAAAAAAAAAAGAUGUCAUCAGCACAUCAGAAAAGAAGGCAACUUUAAAACUUUUCUUUUAAAAUUGUCAAAUAUAUUUUAUGAAGAAUUUAUAAAGGGGGAAAGUAUUGUAAUUUAUUGUUCAUGAGGUUUUUGGUUUUUUUUUUUUUAAUAAAGUGAAUUUCAACAAAAAA